UCAUAGGUAGGGCUGCGCGCGCGUCUAGCUCCUUCCCGCUUGUUGUCCUGGGAUACGCGACCCGUAAACACAGCUCGAGGCACCCCAGCGCACUGUCACCACCCACUCCCGGUCGCUGCACCCUGUCGCAUCGCUACCCCAUAUAUAGCCUCCCGCAUUUUUGUCGCUCGUUGACCUGCACACUGCUCGCGCUCACGUCGAGCACCCGCCCCCCACUACACAGCCGGCACCAUGCCAGGCACUCCGGCAUCCGAGGUGCCCUCGGUGACGCUCUCGUUUGCCAACAAUUUCUGGGGAAAGGAGGAUGCCGGCGUCGGGCCUCUGCUCGACCGCAUGCACUUUGCGAAAGUCACCAACGACGAACUCAAGAGCUUCUACGCGGCACGGGCCGCCAUCGAGGAAGAAUACUCCAAGAAGCUGCUGCAGCUGUCUCGCAAGCCCCUCGGCUCCUCGGAAACUGGAACCCUCCGAAUGUCCUGCGAUGUCAUCCGAACCGAAGUCGAGUCCAUGGCCAAGGCCCACCAGAGCGUCGCGCAGCAGAUGCACACCGAGCUGGAGGAGCCCUUGCAGGCGUUUGCCGGUGGGAUGAAGGAGCGUAGGAAGAUUGUACAGAACGGCAUUGAGAAGCUCCUGAAGCUCAAGAUGCAGCAGACGUCCACCGUCAACAAGGCACGCGACCGGUAUGAGCAGGACUGUCUGAAGAUCAAGGGCUUCCUGGCGCAGGCGCACAUGGUCAUGGGCCACGAGGAGCGCAAGAACAAGGCCAGGCUGGAGAAGACACAGAUCAACCUGUCUACCACAAGCGCCGAGUACGAGGCUGCCGUGAAGGUGCUGGAAGAGACUACUGGCCGCUGGAAUAGGGACUGGAAGGCUGCCUGCGACAAAUUCCAGGAUCUCGAAGAGGAGCGCAUCGACUACACCAAGAGCAGCCUUUGGAACUUCGCCAACAUCGCCUCGACGGUGUGUGUCAGCGAUGACGCCGCGUGCGAGAAGAUGCGCCUAUCGCUCGAAGACUGUGACGUGGAGAAGGACAUAACGAGCUUCAUCUCCGAGAGUGGUACAGGACAGGAGAUACCCGACCCUCCUAAAUUCAUCAAUUUCUGCCGUGGAGAUGCCGAAACAUCAUCACAAGUGUCUGAUGAUGAGAACUACUCAGUCGCCCAGUUCGCAAGGACUAUGAAUCCCUCGUAUCGCGCCUCGUCGCCGCCCAUUUCGGUCUUCGAAUCGCAUCACGAUCCAAACAAUCCUUUGGCCAGGGAGCUUGGCUUACAACACGACACCCUACCAGUUCAAGAUCAAAUCAAUGUCGAACCACAGUACACGCCUCGCCCAUCGACAGCCUCUCGGCAAGUACAGCCCGACCCGCGCCUUGUGCAAGCACAGCAGCAAGCACGCCAGCAAUACCAGCAAAGCCCGACAUCGUAUGAGUACCCGGCCGACGGCAUGACCCAGUUCUGUCGGCCUACCCCACAACCUGAACGCAACACAGUCGCAAGCCCUGUCCGGCCUCCAAGCCGAGAUUCACACAGCGACCACUCAGAAUUCAACUCGUUCUCCAGUGUCGAGCCCCCGAGCGGAUCUGCGUCACCCGGCAAGCCGAUGCCGCUCUCCUCAUUCAAUGAGCAAAGUCCUGUCGAAGAGAAUUCUUUCCAGAAGAAACGAGGCUUCUUCAACAGCCCCUUUGGCCGUAGAAAGAGCAAGCCUGAGGUCGAGACACUGGCAACUGUAACACCGGCAAGCCGCAACACGUGGGCUCCAGCGUCGAGGCAGAGUACAGGUGAAAACGUCAGCCCAACUCGCCCGCUCGGUAGGAUGACUCGUCAGCCUGUGGUCCAGGACGCUGCGCGAUCUGCUAGUCCUGAGCCAGUCGACCCACGUGCCAGCUUUCAGUUGAAUGUUGGCAAUAAUACGUUCGACGUGGCGUCGCCCGACAAGAAAAAGCAAGAGCAGCAAAGGCAGGAGCCUGCAGACGAAAUUGAUCCUAUUGCAGCUGCUCUUGAAGAGCUCAGGGGUGUCACAAAGCAAAGCACCUUACGCGUAUCUGCUGACAAGUUCGCUGGUCUGGCCACCCCUCAGCCUCCACCUACACCGGCUGUUGGCUCAAAGCUGCCUGGAGGUACACCCACACCUUUGACCAACGUCAACUUGAAUGCUGCGAAGCGAGGUACACCUCCACCUUCUUACGAGCAACCUCCAAUGUCCCGUCUGGGGGCCCCCAAGCCCGCGCAUACCGCGCGCCAGAUGCAGAAAACCACAGAGAUGUAUGUCAAUCAAAAGGCGAACGUCUUCAAUGGGAAUGCUGCGUCCCGUCCACCGACGCGUGGGAGUACCCAACAGGAGCCUCAAAGGGCGACAUCCCCUGCACCGAACCGUGCUACUAGCCCCAGACCUAGCUUAUACACAGCACCACAACGGUCAUCGCAAGCACAGGCGCCUGCGUCGCCUACGGCAUAUAGGCCUGCGCAGCGACAGCAACCAUCACCUGCACCUGCUUCUAACUACAAUCGUACAGCUUCGCCGAACCCGUACGCAGGUUCUACUGCUGGUGGCCGUCCACGCGCACAAACCACUACUGCUCCCGCUCAAGCCUAUGGUACUCCUGUUGGACGUAACUCAUAUUCGUCUACUCGAGGGGCUUCCCCUGCCAUGAACUCUAUGCCUCGGGCAGUUUCACCGCAGCCACCACAGCCAGCGUAUGCGCAGUCACGGCCGGGAUCUCGCGCGGCUCCUAGCUCACGAGCCGUGAGCCCUCAACCAGCAUUCCGCCAGUCAAACGAUCGGCCCGCAAGCUCACACAGUGCAGCGGCGAUGUCUAUGGCAGGGAGCGAGAGAGGCGACGGUUCCGUGUACAAUGGUAGUGUUCGCGGUCGACCGCAAAGCUCAUACUAUGGUGGGGGUGGCAGUGGAAGUUCUGUAAGAGCCGAAUCCAGAGUUCGCAGCAAGAGUCUUGCAGAGCCCAAGAACUACAACAGAGACGGAAGGAUUAUUCUAAACUAUUCACGUGCAAUGUACACAUACACAGCACAGAUUCCAGAAGAACUCGCGUUCCAGAAAGGCGACAUUCUUGCUGUCCUGCGCAUCCAGGACGAUGGCUGGUGGGAAGCCGAGGUCAUGGGCAAGAACGGCAGGCCUGGUCUCGUCCCAUCCAACUACCUCCAGCCUUGUUGAUCUUCCGGGGACUGAUGCAUUGGCACAGUACACAUUUUCUUCCGCCUCCAACGACUUUUGUAUACUCUCUUCUUUCACGAUCAUUACGCAUGUUAUUGGUUCUUACUGGUUCUCGGAACCCAGACUGCAAUUAGCGGGCGUCAUUCGUUUUUGGGUAUACCAGUGUUCGGGAGUGAUAUUGGGGUCGCUGAGGCACAACAUUGCUAUGUAUAUGACUGCUGUUGCACUCG